AUGGUAGAUAAUCAGGAGACAACUGGAGGAAGAAAUUGGAGAAGAACCUUAAGGAUCACAAGCAUAAUUUUGGCAAUUUUACUUAUAGCGCUAGCUAGUUAAUUAAAGAUUAUACAGGGCAUAAAUGGGAUAACCCACUAGACUUAGACUUUUCUCGGCACUGCCAGACGGACCAACUAUACCUUUUGGAUUUCCAACCAGAGCCGCCUGCCCAAAUGAUUAGCUCUUUAGGUCAAAACCAUCUCCUGAAUCAUGCCCAAGCAGUCCUCAUGAGCAAAGACUGUGUGGUAGGCAAAACCUGUCUAGUCCAUUUGGCAGAUCCCUUAAGAUUUUCUACUUAGCUCACAAAGAGCAUACUUUCGCCAGUCCACACUCUAUCAGGAGUUAUCGCCUAGGACUCCUAUCCAUCAGCCUCACAAUUCUAUUCCUUUAUAGCACUAGGAAUUUUUAAUUUCGGCACAAUAGAUUUAGGUGAUCCGAUAAAUGUGAUUUUACCAGUUUAUUACGUGUAAUUUUGAAUUAGGUUUUUUGGCUUAAUGAUGAUUGGAGCUGAAGUCCCAUGCAAUUUCCUGCUGCAAAAAUUUUUAUUUAUCUCUGGAUAUUUUGGAAGAGGAAUAUUUUAUAUUUUGUAUAUGUAAUAUAGUGUCGGGACUUUAUGCAUCAGAUAUCAUACAGUUUUUCAGUUUAUAGUUGCAGCUUUUCUGAUGGGAGUUGGAAUUAUUUAUAUUUUUAGCUCUUGUUCAAGCUGCUAUAAAAAUUUUGCUGCUCAGAAUGAUCAAAUGAAGCAAGAGGAAGAGGCUAAACAAAAUUCACAGACAGAACUUAAGCAAAGCAUUUAA